GUGCAAAGAGCUAAGGUCACCCCGCAUGCGCAGUUGUUUAAAAGAUCAAUCCUUCGUUCACAAAUUUCUGGCCAGAAUGAGGAACAAAACACGGUAAAGUACGGGACUAAAACCUCACGUAUCUGCCGCUGUGCUAGCUGAGAGACAAGCGUGUUCCCCUGUGUGUGUAGUGAAGAGGCUGGUGUACUUGAUGUGAAGUGCUGAAGCGGGAAAAGCGAGCAUGUCUCUGGUGACAGUGCAGCGGUCCCCCACCCCCAGUAACAGCGGCUCCAGUUCGGGCUCGGUGGAGAUCUACGUGAACAAUUCCCUCCCGAGCUCCAGCAAGGAUGCUGAUGAUGAGUCAGAGGAGAAGAGACUGAAGCGAACCCACAGUCUCUGUGAGAGUUACGUGGCCAUUAAGGACUGUGUGCUGAUCCUGCCGCAGAGUGAUAAUGUGCAGCGCCCAGCCAGGUCCACCAGGGGAGCCAUGAAGAGGCAGCGUCGGGAGGGCACAGACGAUCUGUUAGAGAUGACGUGUCACCUGCCCUGUUUUAUCUACCUGUCCUACCAGGGGUACUACAUACACUGCAGACACUAUCUGCCGCAGGGUGAUCUACAGAACCACCUGCAGUCUAUGUUCUACCUGCUGCGGCCGCAGGACACCAUCAAACUCGCGGUCAAACUUGAGAGUGCAUACCCCGACCGUAUCCGCUACAUGGCGAUCGUCUCAUGUUUCGGGCGGGAAGAUACGGAGGAGAGCAUCAUCCUGGGUAUCGAUUUCCAGGACCGGCAGUCGGAGGCGUCGGUGGGGCUGGUGCUUCCCAUCUGGAGUAACACCAAGGUGACGCUGGACGGAGAUGGAGGGUUCAGUGUGAGCAGCCACGGGCGGUACUUCAUCUUCAAACCUGUCUCUGUUCAGGCCAUGUGGUCGGCCCUCCAGAGCCUGCACAAAGUGGCAGCCAUCGCCAGGGAGUACAACUACUUUGACGGCAGCAUCUUCCUGACAUGGACGGGUUACUAUAGCAACCGCAUCUCCUCCAACCAGUCGUGUGUGAAGGAGUGGCACGUGCUGGAUGACCUGAUGUGCCAUCGGCCGGAGUCGCCGUCCUUAUAUGGAGACAGACCCACGGAGAAAGUGCUGACUGAGCGAAACAUCCGGAAGUUCCUGAAGAUGGUGAUGAUGCAGGUGGACCUGGAGAACGUCACCAGCAAACAGGUUCGUCAGCAGGUAGAGAAGAAGAUGAACACCAACCUGCAUGAUUUCAGGGGUUACAUCGACCAGGAGAUGAUCAUCAUCCUGGGACAGAUGGAUGCCGCUUCUGAGAUCUUCGAACACCUGUACCUGGGUUCUGAAUGGAAUGCAUCGAAUCUUGAAGAGUUGCAGCAAAAUGGUGUUGGCUACAUCCUGAAUGUGACCAGAGAGAUUGACAACUUCUACCCGGGCAUGUUUGACUACUUUAACGUGCGUGUGUACGACGAGGAGGACUCGGAGCUGCUUAGCCACUGGAAUAGGACCUACGAGUACAUCGAGAAGGCAAAGAGGAUGGGGUCCAAAUGCCUGGUUCACUGCAAGAUGGGUGUCAGCAGGUCUGCAUCCACGGUGAUUGCCUACGCCAUGAAGGAGUACAACAUGGCCAUGCAGGACGCCUACAACUACGUCAAGAGCAUCCGCAGCUGCAUCAAGCCCAACUGUGCCUUCAUGCAGCAGCUGGAGGAGUACCAGGGCAUCCUGGAUGCCAGCAACCAGAGGCACAACAAGCUGUGGCGCCAGCCGACCCAGGAGCAGCCAACCAGCAAUCCCGCAGAGGAUGACAAGAACGACCACUCUGAUAAUGAAUCCAUAGACUCUGUUGAGGUAGAAGUGUUCACCUCCACUCCCAAAAUGGAUCGACCCACUGACCCUGUUGCCAGGGAGAUAGAGGUCAGCAGUAUGCCUGACCUUGAGAACAUUGGUUCUGAGGAGGAAGGUCAGCAGGGUUCAGGUGAGGAUGACGGCGGGUCGUCCAGCGACCUUGAUGUGACGCUAGAGGUCACGAGUGAGGAAACGGACUCUGCGGAGAAGGAGACCCCAGCCAAUGGUAGAACUGCUGAGGUCAUGACCUCUGGGUCAGGAGUCGAGUCAGAACAGAAGCAGUCAGGGUCAGAGAGUGAUGCGGAAGACGACGACACUGUUCCGUCCUACAAAGUCGACUUUUUCAGCCUGAUGGAAAAAUUCAACAGACCGACCAGCCCUCGAAGGGAGUCGCGAAGAAAAUCGUUUUCCUCGUUGGGGAGAAAGGGGAGCCAUGGGAGGUCAUGGUCGGAGAACGACCGGCUGUCGCAGACUUGCCCGGAGCUGGUCUCGGUGACGCCGGUCAAAACGAAGGUACAGCCGCAGCACGCUGACCCGGCUGACACGGAGGGGUUAGAAUAUAGGGACAGUAUGGAGCAAGGUCAAGGGUCAGAGGUGGAAGGUCAGAUCCCGGCUGGCUUGGUGGCUGCUAAUGUGGUGGUGGGUUCAGCUGGUUUGGUGGAGGGGCAGGUGGCUGGCGCAGGUGGUCCGGCAGGCGGUUCUACAGCUGCAGGUGGUCAGCAGGUGGAGGCUGGGGAACAAGCUGGGGUGGAGGAAUACCAGCGGAGUCUGAGCCAGCCGCCCAAGGCCAGCGCCGAGGGUCAUGUCCUUGACUUUGACCCCAAGGUCAUGUCUGUGAGGGAGAUCGUGUCCGGGUUCGAGUCUCAGACCGGCGGAGGGGCGCCGGAGGUAACCACGACGACGGCGCCGGCCACGCCUGCUGCCGGGCGGAAGGUGCGCCCCACGUCCAUGCCAAAGGACGACCACAGCUGGAUCCGCGACAUCGCACAGUGGUGUUCCGAGAUGAGUCAGCAGGGGGGGCUGCACGGGCAGCUGGGCGCCGACCGGCCGCGAGCGUUCUCGGAGUCGCCCACCCUGGCGGUCGCCGAGGAGAUGAGUCGCAGGAAGAGCGAGUGGCAGCGAAGCUGUGAGGACCUCAAGAACUCGCGAAGCUACAGCGACCCCGACGUACGGACACCCAGGAACGACGACAGUCACCAUGGCAACGUCGGAACAGAGCGACAGAAGGAGAAGGUGCUUGGCUUUAGGACAAAAUCGGAUUCCAAGAGUUCGGCUGCAACAUCAACAUCUGCAGACAGGCCUUUGUUAAGAGUGGAAAAUGCCAAACAUGUGGAACAGAAUACAGCUACCCAGCAGGACUCUGCUAAAACAGCGGAACCAGCACAAACAACAGCCGACCAACAACCCUCCAGUCUGGCGUGGAAGCCAGGAGUCGUAAAACAGCAGAAACAGCAGAUAGAGAGAAAAUACGGAGGAGGGACUUGGUCUGAAACACCAGAAUCAAGUCUGGACAUUAAAACCGUUGAACAGGGAGGAAAGCAAGAGGAAUCAGAUGGUGCCGAGAGUAAAACUUACGAUCCUGACACUAAAGGUGCCAAACCCUCGGAGUUGUUACCGAGAAACCUUCCCACACGGCCGGUGACGAUUCUGGAAACGUCUGACUCAGCAGCCAGGCCGACGUCCCUGGCAGUAGGGAAGGAGGAAGAGAAAGGUGACCAGUCUUCCAAGGACGACAACAUCAUGCUUCAGUCUGGGAUAGUCAAGAAACACAAGGACGGUUUCGAGCAGAGGUGGAGACUCUCGGUAGGGUCGAACUACGAGGAGCUUGCCUCGUCCAUGGAGGCGGCUGGAGGUACCGCAGAAAAGUCGUCACCUGUAGUAGAAGACAAGGGUCCCAUGGCAUCGGCGUAUCCUGCGGAAAACAUACCAUGGUUUGUCGGAGCGGUGAAACAGCAGAAGGGUGUCAUAGAAACGCGGAAGGUCGUCACGCCAACCGAACCCAAGCCGGACAGUUCUGACGGAGAGCUGUUUGCGCCAGUCACCCCUACAGGAGACGAUCUGUCCACCAGUUCUGAGGAGGGCAUCGUGAAGAAGAGAACGCGGGAACUGGAGGCUCUGAGCAGCAGCGACGUGUCGAACACGAUGAAGAAGUCAGCCUCUGCGACGGGUCUCUCUGACCGAACCUCCACACUCAAAGACGACGACGACUCAAGACGAUCGUCUACAAAGAGUCUCGAAGACUUUCAGGGUUUCUCUACGCGAUCGGAGUCAGCUCCGGAGAACUUACGCUACUGUGUGUCGGAGAAAAGUUCCCCGGUCGGGUCCCCAACGAAAAGCGACGAUCUGAGUGUCCGCGUGCUCGUCAGCAUUUUCGACAAGUCCAAAGAGGGCGAGGAGGCAAAGACUUCGGAACGUGAACACGCGGAAGUGGAGAGGUCCAAGUCGUUUUCCGAAGGCCAAACGGAACAGAAUAGUUCAGAAAAGGAGAAUCACCAGUUCCAGUCCGCGAAACCCCUGGCUAGGACUCGCCCCAGGUUGGGCGCUGACCCCAACCCCCCGGUCGUGUUGUCCAACAGGAAAACGCGCCAGUACAGUAGAAACCACCCCGUCAGUAGACUGAGAAAAGACAGGAAACAGAGAAGCACAAAUCCCUUCUACAACACCAUGUGAACUGGUCGUGGAAGCUUAAUGUCCAUAGAUUUCACUGAAAACUGCCACUAGCUUUCAGGCCCAGAUUUUGCAAUUUUAUUGGCUUUUGCGUUUCGAAAUUUGCUGAACGGCUCUUAAAAACUAGAAUUCUACUACAGCAAUUGCUACUUUCUCAUUGUAGGAUAUAAUUAUAUGCAGAUGCAAUUAUGAAUCUUAGAAUAAUCUAACAGUGGUCAAUAAUACUCCCUUGUUGCAUUGCGGCAGACCAUACAUUGCCUUUGCUCAUUUGCAUAUUUGUGACUGGACAAAUAAAGGUCUCAUGUUACCAGUCACAAAUAUUAAAAUAGGAAAAGCAUUACAACUAUUUUGAUGGUGGGCUAACGUCCAGGCCAAACUUCUCCUAACCAACGCAGUGCAAGGUAAAGGCCUUGUGUCGCCAGUCACAAGUAUGCAAAUGUGAAGAGCAUCACAACUAUUUUGAUGGUGGGCUAACGUCUCUCUCGUAGAAAUGCUUAACGGCCCAGGCCUAACUUCUCCUAACCAAUACAGUGAAAUCUCAACCUGCUGUCCUGUAAGUGGGAGCGAUAGUUAGUGUUAUGUUGUUGCAGAUAAAAUCCCGGGGUCUUCCACUCCUCAUUUGAAUGACUUAAAGUCCCAGGACUUUUAUAACCUUUCCCUACGUCUUGGGGUGUAAGAAAGUCCACUAAUAAGAUAUACAGGUAUCUACAAUUGUCUUAAGAUGUACAGGUAGCAGCUUAGGCUCAGUGAAGUGUGUAUUGUAGAGUUAGAAAGUCUUACUUCUAGUUUUAAAAACGAAUCCUUUAAGACUUAUUGUUGGAAAAAUGCUGUAAUUUUACUGUGCUCUUUUAUGUCCUACGUUUCUGAAGUUUUAGGGACGAGUCUUGUAGAUUCCUCAUCCGAGAUGACCCAAAGUUUGCCAGUAGGUCGUAGCUAACUCAGACUGAACAUGUGGAACAUGUGUAGAGUAUGUGUGGAACGUGUGUGUGUGUUUUGUGCACCUUGUAUGGAGCUUGUGUGGCCCAUGUGUGUACAAUAUCUGUAGCAAGUGUGUAGCAUGUGUGUAGUAUGUGUGAGCAAUGUGUGGAUUAUGCCUGUGGCACUCCUAUAGAUCACUUGCUAACCAUGUCCUCAGCAUGUGUGCAACAUGUAUGGAGCGUGUGUGUAGCACAUGUGGACCACGACUGUGGUGUGGACCAUGUCUGAAGCUGGUGUGGGCCGUGUGUAGAGUGCAUGAAUGUAUAUGUGCAACAUAUUUGUGUCACUUUUAAGUUGUAUUUUGUCCAGAGAGCUAUACCAUAGCCCAAAUAAGAUGUACAAUUGAGAAUAAUCAUGCUUACGGUAAUUGUCCUAAUUGAUUUUAAUAAGGCACAGAUUCUGUUUUUUUGCUUAUAAGAAUGUUGAAUUAUAAACUGACCCUGUACCAACUUCUACAGAAACUGUUGUGAAAGAAUGUAAAAUUGGAUACUUUGUCUAUAACUUGACAUGAAUGUUCACCUGUAUGUCAGUAGGCUACAAAAAUCUUCCCUUCUAACCCAAGAAAUGUACACUGAAGUUUAAAGCAACUCUUGUGCCCUCUUCCCCACUUCUAACGUUUCUGCAAGGCUACUGAUAAGAAAUAAGUGGCCAGUUUUUCUGACGAAGGCCAAAGUGACUUGAAAGUUUGAUAAGUGUGCAUCUCUUGUAUUGAGAAAUUGCUACAACUUUGACCAUGUCUAUGAAGAAGUUAGUUCACAGUUUUAAGCAUGCAGUGUGCAUAUACAGGGCAAUAUGUCAAAGUUGAGGGUCCCUUGCAAUUAGAGAAUGGACAAGGGCCUUCAGCUCUACAUAUUACCUACACUGCACCUCUCUUAAGAUUGUGAAGUUAGCAUACUGCAUAUGUCAGUGCAGAAGGGCCAGGUUUGUCCAUGUAACAGCUGUAUGAGUGUAAAGUUCAGUUUGCCCCCGCUGGAAGUGUGUGGAUGUAAAAACAUUUGUCUCGGAGCUGCCAUAGUCUUCAGUAAUUGUGCUGGAUGUAGAAACGGCUGGUAAUGUCUUGUAAAUACUACUUUUAAACUGCAAGAUUGAUAUGAUUAUGAGUCACAUAUGUGAAAAUAAUGUGUGAAUACUUCAGUCGAAGAGGAUUGAUUCAUGUAAACAUGUAUCAGUAUCAGAGCCAAAUUCUCCUGCUGUCAGAGCAAUAUUACAUUUAUGACAUUCUAUACAACAGGGAUAGCUCCAAAAAUUGGGUAGAAGUAAUCAUAGAGUCAUAGACCAGAAGCAGAGAUCAUGCCUGUGCUAGAUUCUAACUGCAUAGUUGCAGAAAUAACAGCUUUCUGCAGCGAUCACCACGGAAAUUCAUGUAGUAGCCAUUCAUUGUGGAGCAUUAUUUUGGAGCAAACUUGAGACGUCACAGAUGUCUUAGGUUACUUGUAACUUACUGCAAACAAACAUCUUUUCUCAGGACACAGAACCUUAGAAAGUCCCCGUUGCUUGGGUAGAUUCCUUAGCACAAGCUCAAGUGUCUUGGGUACUGCAACAGGCUCUUAGACCUUUCAUCAGAAGCUUCUGAAACUCACAGAUGUAGUGGACUUCUCAGCACAGGAGAAAUAGCCUGGUAUCCACCCGUGUUACAGCUCCAGAGUCUCUUCUGUCCUCUCCACAAAUACGUAUAAUACGGCUGGAUACCAGGCUACAGGAGAAAUUCUCUCAGGCUAAUCUAGAACCCAGCCACCUAUAGGCGCUCAGGAGCUUGUACAGAACCCAUCCUGAUGUAUGAUUCUAAGAUGUAAACACUUGAUAUUAUCUGCUGCACUCUGGCUGAAGAACCAGGCUGACAAGGCUAUUUGUAAUGUACCUGUAUGUUAACAGUGUUGGGCCGGAGUAAGGAUGUCUGACACAAGAUGUGUUGUUGCUUUUAUAUAGAUAAAAGAAUUAAGAUAGAAGAUUUUUUUAGUUAAUAUGCUGUCUGUACAUCCUGUCGUUGCUAUUUGUCUGGAAAUAAAAGAAUUUGAGAGUUUGAAUAAAAA